AUGGCCAUGGCAGCUGAUGCGAUUGGUCUCAUUGAUGUGACUGUCGGCUGGGUGAGCCACAUAAGAGAAGUUGUUGAAGCUGCAAAACACAACAAGGGCGCAUGCAGGGCUUUGCUGGAACGUAUGGAUGGGCUGAAAACCACUGUGAGGAGUCUAAAGGUUGUUGAUGAUCCCUACGUGUCGGAGGCCUUGCUACGCGUGCAAGCUGUUCUUGAGAAGGCAUGCAAAUUUCUGAAAAGCUACCAGUCGAAACGGAGGUUUACACGGUACAUGUUUUCUCAAAAGUACAGGAAAGGAUUUGCAGAAGUGGGCGCUGCACUGAGUCACACGCUGGCAGAUUUCAACCUGGCUGCCAACUCAGCGCUGAUGAGGGGCCAAGGAACAUGCUACACUUCCCAAGAUGUGCCGCACUGCAACAACCAAGACAUUUAUGACAGACUCGAUGCUGUUUUGAAGAGGCUGGGGACCGCUGAGUUGCAAACGGUGGAGCAAGGAAUAGAGCUGCCCGACGUACCUCAACAUGCUGUUGGACUAGAACGCAAAGUGUGCAUGGUGGAAGACAUGUUGAUGCACACAGACACCAAGAUAGUGGCACUAACUGGAAUGGGAGGAAUCGGAAAGACGAUUCUUGCUGCUGCGGUGCUGAACAAGGUGCAAAGCAACUUUGAUUUGGUGACGUGGAUCACCAUCGGCCGGGAGCCAGACAUCCAGAGCUGCCAACACCAGCUGUGGAGGCAGUUGAAGAAAACGGAACCACCAUUUCUAAACAUGCGACAAGGUCGUCAAAUGCUGCAGAAAGCAGCUGCAUCAAGAAACACUUUGGUUGUGCUGGAUGAUGUGUGGGAUUAUGAGCAUCUGGAGGCACUGGCAAUGGCUGAGGGCAGCAACAAGGUCAUUCUGACAACCAGAAAAUCUGACAUAGCACAAGCAUGUCAUGCGCAGGUGUACAGUGUGAAUUUGUUGGAUCCCGACCAGGCCAUGGAGCUUUUCUGCAUGCGAGCUUUCAGGUCUUCAUCCAUUCCAGAGGACAGGAGGGAGUACCAGGAGUGUGCAGAGGGGAUGGUCGCUGUGUGCGAUGGGCUGCCUUUGGCUCUCAGUGUCGCUGCUGCACUGGCCGCUGGCUAUUCACUCAUUGAGCAAUGGGAGAUAGGUCUGGCAAAACUUAGGCAGUUCGGCAGGUCUGCCGAAAAGGUCCUGGCUGUCUUGCAGCUGAGCAUUGAUGACCUCGAUGCAGAGGAGCUGGACUUUUUCCUCAUGUUAGCCGGGUACCCUGAGGAUUUUCAUGUGAAGGUCUCUGAUCUGGUGGAAAGUUGGGUUGCACGGAAGUAUGAUCUCAUCCAGACGAGGGAAAACUUGAUCAAGGAGGUGAAGGAGGGGUAUGCCAUCUUUGGGCAGCUCAUGGAUCGGUCCCUCAUAGAAGUCGACCGUUCAGGCAUAGUUGGCUUCCAGAGGUCAGAGAGUGACGUGCUGGCAUCAGUGAUGGGAUUCCAUGAGUGUGAAGCUGCAGCAUUGUCUUGCUCCCUGCACGAUCUGAUACGCGACUUGGCAUUGAAGAUUGCAGGCAAGGGGGACAUCACAAAACGGCAGAGGCUGUUUGUCCCCUGCUUGAGCAUCUUGCAAGACACAGCUGCUGAGGCAGAACAGUUGUCGAUCAGCCAAAAUCAGAUGCAGCCAGAUGAUUGUAUGUGGCCUGAUGGGACUCGUUUUGUCACUCUCCGAUCCUGUCUCCUGAUAAGAUGGAGACAGCCUGACCUUCCCAGCAGCAUGCUGAGCAUGCCAUCGAUGCGGGUGCUCGAUGUUUCUUUUUCGCAGUUGCGAGCAUUGCCCUGGGAGAUAUCACAGCUUAAGUCACUGCAACUGCUGAGGCUGGACGGUUGUGAUAUUGAAGAACUUCCAGCAUCCAUUGCGCGGCUUCAGUGCCUUGUGCUGCUGUCGGUGCGGAUGUGUCAAUCAUUGCAGAGUCUACCAGAAUCCAUUGGAGAAUUGCAAGAGUUGAACAGUUUGUACGUUUCAGGGUCUGCUCUCAAAAAGCUCCCUGAAACUCUGGGAGACCUGUUGGGGUUGAUGCGGCUUGACUUGGGCUUCUGCGAUAAUUUGGAAGGCUUCCCUGAAAGGUUUGGGUCCAUUAGUAAGCUGGAAUAUUUGAGUGUAUCUGGCUGCACAAAGCUGACUUCUCUCCCUUGUGAACGGGAAUAUUUUGGGAAUCUGAAGGUCAUGUUGGCCUCUGGCUGCACCAUUAUGAAGAACCUGCCUACAUCGUGGCCAAAGAACCUGGAGAUUUUGGACUUGCAGGGGUGCGAGUGUGUUGAGGAGAUGCCGUCUGUCGAUGGGCUGUCUCGGUUGAAGACUCUGCACCUCCAGGGGUGCAGGAGGCUGCGAACAUUUCCAGACGCAAAGCUGCCCAGCCUGCGCAUCUUGGGACUGCCUCUUCUGGAUGGCCGCGAGCUGUGCAAAGUAUUUGACAGUGGGGAGAUGAAGUCUUUCCAAUACAGCAAGCUGGCCAGAACUGGCCGCUCUGUCAUAUUGAAGGGCAAGACGUGGUUCCUGGAGCACGGUGACAUCAGCCAACACUUUGGAGCUUGGCUUCAAGAAGCAGAAGUGGCUGUGAAGAAGCUUCCCCAUGGACGACAAUACCGGUACUUCCUUAUGCGGGCAAAGAAGUUCAGCCUGGUGCAGUUGAAGGCCAAGCUGGGAGGAAAGCUGAUUGGCAGCGAAUACCGAGAAGCUACUAAUUCAGAUGAGUGUGGUUGCACUCCCCUCCACCAUGCAUCUCUGAAUGGCGAUGAUGUGGCUGCCACAAAGAUUGUACAAUCAGGAUGCGACUUGGAGCUUCAAGACCAUGAUGGUAACACAGCUCUUCACCACGCUGCACAAGGGGGUUCGCCAGCAGUUGUGCAGCUGUUGCUGCAGCAUGGGGCAUGUCUGGAUGCUGUGAACAAGAAAGGCAGCACUCCACUCAUGGAAGCGGCUGAAACUGGGAAUGCGCAAGUUGCCAAGAUGCUGCUAGAAGCAGGGGCUGAUGUGGAGGUUUUUGCACAGGGCGGCUGGAGCACCCUCCAUGCUGCAGCACUGGGGGCGUCAAAGGAAGUUGUCAAGCUGUUUCUGCAAUGUUACAAAGAAGCUCCUGUCAAUGCCAGGGACAAGGAAGGCAGGACGCCGAUAAUGUAUGCAGUGUGGUCGAAGCAGUUAGCCAUAUGCCAAAUGCUGGUGGACGCAGGAGCCGAGGUGGACGUCACAGACAACGGCCGGCGGACCACACUGCUGUGGGCGUCAGUGGGAGGAUCGACCGAUGUGCUGGAACUUCUUUUCAAGCACUACAAAGAUGCUCCAGUCAAUGUGCCCGGCAAGUGGGGCUUCUCACCGCUCAGGCUGGCUCAUGCCUACGGACACCAAGCCGCCUUUGAAAUGCUGGCAAGAGCGGGCGCCACUAUGGAUCCCCUGGACAAUGUAUGA